ACGCUCCCUGGAUGCCCGCAGCCGCUCCCGCCCCUGGCUCUCCGGCGUGGCCAGGCGCACUGGCGGCGCGGCGCGCCCGGGGGCCCGAGGCGAUGACUCGCGGCAGGAGAGCGGAGCGCUCCCCACCUGCCAGCCCGAGCCCGGAGGAGUGACAGUGCCGCGCUCUGCCCAUGCGCUCCUAGCUGCCCCGGCAUGGAUGUGGCCAACACCACUACCUCCCCCACCGAGCAGUCCUCCGCCAGGGGCCAGGGCGCCGCGGUGACCCUCAGCUACCAGCUCCUCACCUCCCUCUUCCUGAGCGCCCUCAUCCUCUGCGCCCUGCUGGGCAACGCCUGUGUGAUCGCGGCCAUCGCCCUGGAGCGCUCCCUGCAGAACGUGGCCAACUAUCUCAUAGGCUCCCUGGCCGUCACCGACCUGAUGGUCUCGGUGCUGGUGCUCCCCAUGGCCGCCCUCUACCAGGUGCUGAACAAGUGGACGCUGGGGCAGGUCACCUGCGAUAUCUUCAUCUCCCUGGACGUGCUGUGCUGCACCUCCUCCAUCCUCCACCUGUGCGCCAUCGCCCUGGACAGGUACUGGGCCAUCACCGACCCCAUAGACUAUGUCAACAAGCGGACUCCCAGGCGGGCGGCUGUGCUCAUCAGCCUGACCUGGCUCAUCGGCUUCUUGAUAUCCAUCCCGCCCAUGCUGGGCUGGCGGACGCCCGAGGACAGGUCGGACCCCGACGCCUGCACCAUCAGCAAGGACCACGGGUACACCAUCUACUCCACCUUCGGCGCCUUCUACAUCCCCCUGCUGCUAAUGCUGGUGCUCUACGGGCGCAUCUUCAGGGCGGCCCGGUUCCGGAUCCGCAAGACCGUCAAGAAAGCGGAGAAGAAGAAGAUCGCCGACACCUGCCUGACGGUCUCCCCGGACAGCCAGCAGAAGAAAAGCAACGGGGAGCCCAGCAAGAGCUGGAAGCGGACGGUGGAGCCCAAGCCCAGCGCGUGUGUCAACGGGGCCGUGAGACACAGGGAGGAUGGAGCCGCUCUGGAGGUCAUCGAGGUCCAGCACUAUCACAACUCCUCCAAAACCCACCUGCCCCUGCCCAGCGACCCCUGCAGCACCCCGCUGGCCCCGUCCUUCGAGAAGAAGAACGAGAGGAGCACCGAGGCCAAGAGGAAGAUGGCUCUGGCCAGGGAAAGGAAAACGGUCAAAACCCUGGGCAUCAUCAUGGGCACGUUCAUCCUCUGCUGGCUGCCCUUCUUCAUCGUGGCCCUGGUCUUGCCCUUUUGUGACAGUGAGUGCUACAUGCCGGACUGGCUGGGGGCUGUCAUCAACUGGCUGGGCUACUCCAACUCCCUCCUCAACCCCGUCAUCUACGCCUAUUUCAACAAAGAUUUCCAAAGUGCUUUUAAGAAAAUUAUCAAGUGCAAGUUUUGCAGGCAGUGAAGGACACUCCCUUCUCGGGGGCUCCCUGCGCUUGCUUCAUCAAACUCCACAUCUCUUCUGCUACUAGAGUAUCUGCUUGUGCCCCCUUCCCCCCCCACCGGUGACCACUCUCCCCAGGACUGCGGCAGGGGCAGCUCCGGACCGUCUCCUCCUCGACUCGUUACAACACACAGCGCGCGGCAAAUCCAAGUAGUUCAGACUCCGGUGUAGCGUCUGCCAUAGUUCCCCGGGGAGACAAUGCCGCUCCGGAUUCCAAUCCCUCGCCUCUCAAAGCGUUACAAACCGAGUCAGCCCCUUUCUGAACUACUGCAAACUUAGCGCUUGCAAUUCGGCGCUUUGGAAACUGACUGACUGGCACGUGUUCCCGAACUAACCUGACCACCGUCUGCUCCUCUAAGUUUACACAGUACUCAGCCUGUGUAAUGACACCCUAUUUCGCCACUUAUAUUUAUUUUGGGUAGACCUUGGGUUUGCAGAUCGUUGCUUGUGGUCGCUGUUACCCACCUUGUCUGCCCGAGUAGCAUCGGUAAA